GCACACAGCCCCGCGUGAAAAAGGCGUCUCUACAGAGAGCUCUCACGCUGUGCCGCUAAUACAGUCUCUGCGAGAGGGAGGCUUGCUGGAGUUCGAGAGGUAAUUGUGCAGAUAGAGCUUGAACAGCGAGAGGUAUACCCCUGUAAGAGUUCUAGCCGGAAUAAAGAGAAAGAAAAUAUCAGCGACGACUCCGAGGACUGUCUUAGAACACAAAGUAAAGCGAAACAGCGAAAACAACACGCUUAACAGGUUAUUCGAUUUCGAACGUUACCCCACUGCUACUUCGAUGGCAUCAGUUCUUGGAAGCAACACCCGCGCUUCGGGAACUCCGAGCAGCCAACUGAAAUGCAAGUUCAAGAGGAGAAGGAGGAGGAGGUCGAAAAGAAAAGAGAAAGUCAGCAUGCUCUCGGCGUACAUCGCCCCCUUCAAAUACAUGAGCCCCGGCGUGGCCAGCACCGAGGACGAAGACACUUUAAGUACUAGCAGUGCUGAGGUGAAGGAGAACAGGAAUAUUGGUAAUCUAGAGGACUGUGCCAUUGUCCCUGGGGACCGCCAAUCAAUCUUUUGCUCUGACACAGCCAGAGGCGGGACUUCCAGCCUGAAAAGGAAGCGUCCCCUGGAGGAAGGAAAUAACGGACACCUCUGUAAACUGCGCCUGAUCUACAAAAAGCUGUCCUGGUCCGACACGCCAAAGAAUGCCCUGGUCCAGCUGAAUGAGCUGAAACCGGGCCUGCAGUACAAAAUGGUUUCGCAGACGGGCCCUGUGCACGCACCCCUCUUCUCCAUCGCGGUGGAGGUAAACGGACUCACAUUCGAAGGCACCGGCCCCACGAAAAAGAAGGCCAAGAUGAGGGCGGCUGAGCUGGCCCUCAAAUCCUUCGUCCAGUUCCCCAACGCUUCCCAGGCCCACUUCGCCAUGGGCAACCUCGGCAACCCGGCGGCCGACUUCACCUCGGACCAGGCCGACUUCCCGGACACGCUCUUCAAGGAGUUCGAGCCGUCGGCGCGCGGCGACAGCCUCCCCUGCUACAGGUCGGCGCAGAAUGAAUUGCUCUCCAGCGCCUUCCGGCACGGGAGAUUACUCUGCCACACGUUGGACCUAAUGGCCCAGGCCAAACAGAAGAGGCGCAGGGCGGCGUCUGAGGCAGAGGGCGAGAAGAACCCGGUGGUGCUGCUAAAUGAGCUGCGACCGGGCCUGAGAUACGUCUGCCUCUCGGAGAGCGCAGAGGGCAAGCGCAUCAAGACUUUCGUAAUGGCGGUGCGGGUCGACGGGAGAAUAUUCGAAGGCUCGGGACACAGCAAGAAGCUGGCAAAGACCCAGGCGGCACAGCUCGCUCUUCAGGCCCUCUUUAACAUCAGGCUGGCACCUGAAGGGAGAGCCAGCCAUAUACCCAGCAGGAACAAAUGCCCUCAUUUACCCCAGGACUUUGCAGAUUCAAUAUUCCGCUUGGUGACAGAGAAAUACCAGGAGCUGGCAGACAGCUGCACUCCCUUGCAUGCACGUCACAAAGUCUUGGCAGGAAUCGUAAUGACCAGAGGUUUGGAUCUCAGACACGCACAAGUGGUGGCAUUAUCGACCGGUACAAAAUGCAUCAACGGGGAAUAUAUUAGUGACCAGGGACUUGUGGUCAAUGACUGCCAUGCAGAAGUAGUUGCUAGAAGAGCAUUCGUCCGCUUCCUAUAUUCUCAGUUGGAGCUGUUUUUGAGCAAAAGGAGAGAGGACUGGGAGCAAUCAAUCUUCGUCCGACACAAGGAAGGGGGCUACAGGCUGAGGGAGAACAUCCUGUUCCAUAUGUACAUCAGCACGUCGCCCUGUGGGGAUGCCCGCCUCAACUCCCCCUACGAGAUCACAACCGACCUACACAGCAGCCGGCACUUUGUGAAGAAGUUCCACGGCCACCUGCGGACGAAGAUCGAGUCGGGGGAGGGAACGCUGCCCGUGCGCUCCCGCGGGGCCGUCCAGACGUGGGACGGGGUGCUCCAGGGAGAACAGCUCAUCACCAUGUCCUGCACGGACAAAAUCACGAGGUGGAAUGUGCUGGGAGUCCAGGGGUCGCUCCUGACGCACUUUGUGGAGCCGGUCUAUCUGCACAGCCUGACGGUCGGCAGCCUCCACCACCCGGGACACUUCUCCAGGAUGGUGACGCACCGCCUCGAGCGCAUCGGCCCUCUGCCGACCUCCUACAGACGCAACCAGCCCCUGCUCAGCGGUCUCAGCAGCAGCGACGCCCGGCAGCCAGGGAAGUCCCCCUGCUUCAGCGUCAACUGGACGGCGGGAGACCGCCAGCUGGAGGUGGUCAACGCGGCCACGGGGAAGACGAAGGACUCGGGGGCCUCGUCCCGGCUCUGCAAGCAUGCCCUCUUCACCCGCUGGGCCAAGCUGUACCGCAAGCUGAGCACGCAAGAGCCAAGCCGUGGGGAGACGGCGCUGAUGUACUGCGAGGCCAAGCUGGCGGCCAGAACGUACCACACUGUCAAGCAGCAGUUGUUCAGAUCGCUGCUGGAGGCCGGGCUGGGGACCUGGGUAAAGAAGCCACCUGAGCAGGACCAGUUCCUGCUGUCUGUGUGA